AUGUUUUCGAUUAGGGGUUUUCAUUUGAGUAUCAAUUUCAAGCUGGGUAACUUCUGGGUUCUAGUCACAGUGUCCCUUGAAUGGAUGGAGCUGUCUGCUUCGGGGUCGUUGCCACCUCCUAGAUGUGGUCAUACAGCCACCAUGGUUGAGAAACGUUUACUUGUUUUUGGUGGCCGAGGAGGUGGUGGCCCUAUCAUGGGCUUUGAAGGGAAGAGCGUGAAACACCUGGAUAGACCCAACUCAAGCCUCCUGGUCAAGCACCAUCAUCUCGAUGUGGUCAUACAGUUACAUCCGGAGGACAUUAUCUUCUGUUAUUGGGGGGACAUGGAACUGGUGGAUGGCUGA